UUCGACGCAGCGGUUGUGACAGAGAGAGUGGCAGAGUGUAGUGACUCGUCUGCUUGUGGCGUGCGUUACGGUGUGUUACGCUGGUCUGACAGAGAGCGAGCGAGAGAGAACUUAGAACCAGAUCUCGGUGGAUUGUUUAUAGAGAUCACGGACUUCAAGAGAAUCUACGCUAAAACGUGACCCUAGUUGAAGUGUGAUCAUCGUCACAUCGUGAACCCGUCGAAACCCGGUGUCAAACUUCCCCCCAAUGGCCCUUCGCAACGCGGCGAUGGUCUGCCUGGGCCUGCUGCUACUGGCUGUGGCGCUGCCGUCGGUGCGAACGAACCCGAUCGAUACGCCCGCGGGCCCCAGUCCAUCCGGGUCCGUACUGGAUGGCUCCAGUGAAGCAACGCCACCAGCUUCCCAGGAAGCGGACGCCUCGAACAAGGCACUGCCCGAGGGUAGCAAAAUGUCCAAGUUCCUGGACGACUUUACGUCCGCGUUCAAGCACGGUACGGCCAAGAUGAAGGAAAGCCUCGAGAGUGCCGCCAGCUCGGUGAAGGACGGUGUGCUGCAGGGUUACGAUUACGUGCGGAGCAAACUGACCGGCGUCAAGCCGGAACAACCACCGCAGAGCAGUGGUGAAGACGAGAGCGCCGAACACGCCCAGCCUACGUCCACGUCGACGGCUGGCGCGUUAACAUCGGAGCCGGCCCACCAACCGGAAGCUACGGUCGCCAGCACGGCCGCCGCACCAUCAACCAGGAGACCGCAAUCACCAGCAAUCAGCAGCGGUAGUGCCGAGCCGAGCCUGGUGGCGUUCGGUGGCGCGGUCGGUGUGUCGAACGAACCGGCCCAGAUAGUGCCGAACGAUGACGACGACGACGAACGGAUCAUCUUCAACGACAAGGACUACAAGGGCGACCUGAACGGCGGCGGCGGGGCCGAUCCCGACGGUGGGGGUGACCGGGACGUCACCGAGACGCCCGUCCCGACGACGUCGGUCACGGUGGACAAUCGGUUCAUCAUCGCGGGGCCGCUCGCGUGCAAGUCCGGCCAGGAGGUGGUCAAUGGCAAGUGCCGAAAUAUAUUUUGAGGAACCUACCCUUCCCAACCCCACCUUCACACCUUCUCCCCCUUGGGGAGUUGGCUCCCCUUUGUGAAAGAGGAGGGGUGCCGGGGGGUUUUGCUUUAUUUCGGGAUGGGGCCAGUUUUGGAGUUGGCGACCCCCGGCGGCGGCGGCCCAGGGCGGCGGCGGCGGCCGUUAAGAAGUGUGAUUUGUUAAUUUAGUUCUAUUACCCGUCAAACGAUCAUCACGAUUACCACACACACACACAUCUGCAGGCGUUAAGGCGGAUACAUUUAUCCGACAUGCGCAACCGACCUCACACACUGCCGCCACACCACACCACACCACACGAACUGUGAGUGGUCUUGGGCGCGAGUGCGAAAAAAAAAAAACCGACAAUAAAAUGGAUUCGA